AGUUUCAACAGCGCGAGACUAUUUCCGUUUGAGCAUGCGCAGUGAAGUUAAGUGACCGAAGCAGAGCCUCUCGGGUGUUAUUGUUUGUGUGGCUGACUGACGCUCGAUGAGAAGUCCAUUUACUGCUCCUGUACACGCGUGGAAACACACAUUUUAACAGAACCAGCAAACAGGCAGCUACUAUGGGAGCCGGUGGGAGCUCCGAGGCCGAAAGGGAGCCGCUUAUUAUCCCCGCGAAUGGAGAGACACACACUCGGCCAGUUCACAGCAGAGUGUACAGAAGAAGAUGGCUGGUUCUGAUGCUGUUCUGUCUGCUGGGACUACUGCAAGGGAUGGUGUGGAAUUUCUGGGGUCCCAUCCAGGUCUCGGCGGGUCACGCGUACGGCUUCACCAAGGCUGACAUCGCGGUUCUGGUGCUGUGGAGCCCCAUGGGGUUUCUUCCCUUUUUCCUGUUUAUGUGGCUGAUGGAUAAAAAAGGUCUGAGGGCGUCCCUCCUCCUCUCGGGGUUCUUCAUGCUGCUAGGAGCGGUCCUGAGGUCCCUCCCACUAUCAGAACUGCGUCUCAGACGAUGGUUCAUUCAUGGAGGUCAGUUUAUGAACGGUUUAGCCGGCCCGACCAUAAUGAGCGCCGGCCCCUUCCUCUCCACUACAUGGUUCGCCCCCGACCAGAGAGCCACCGCGACAGCCGUGGCCUCGCUCUUCGCUCACCUCGGAGGCGCUGCUUCCUUCGUGAUCGGACCUCUUAUAGUGCCGUCGCCCAACGACACAGAAGGAGGUGUACUGCAAGCAGCUCUCCCGGACAGCACCAUCCGGUCCAGGAUCCAGUUGGUUAUGUAUACAGAGCUGGCUGCAAUCGCCUUGAUCUAUGCGGCAGUCGUGCUCUAUUUCCCAUCGCGCCCGCCGAUACCUCCCAGUGUGGCUGCUGCAAGCCAGAGGCUCAGCUACAGGAGCAGCAUGUGCAGACUUUUCAGAAACCACCGCUUCCUGAUGUUAGCUCUGGCCUACGCAGUCCCCAUGGGAGUGAUGUCCGGCUGGGCUGGAGUCCUCGACAUGUUGCUCACACCAGCCAAAGUUAACCAGGUGGAUGCCGGUUGGAUUGGUUUCUGGUCGAGUGUCGGUGGAUGCGUGUUUGGAGUAGCAAUGGCCAGGUUUGCAGACUCCAUCCGUGGGAUGCUGAAGCUGAUCCUGGUGCUGCUGCUGGCAGGAGCCUCAUUGUCCUCCACCUGGUUCACACUCACCUGUUUGUGCAGAGUCACUCACCUCCCUUCCACUGCAGCCAUCCUCUACACCUCCUGCAUCCUGGUGGGCGUUUUCAUGAACAGCAGCGUGCCAAUUUUCUUUGAGCUCUUCAUUGAGACCGUGUACCCGGUUCCUGAAGGCAUCACCUGUGGAGUGGUCACUUUCCUCGCCAACCUGUUCUGCGGCGUGCUCCUCUUCUUCCUCACCUUUUAUAGCACAGACCCGACGUGGGUGAACUGGUGUCUGGCCGGCUCCUGCGUCUUCAGCCUCAUUCUCAUCCUCUUCUUCAGGGAGUCCUACGACCGUCUCUACCUGGACGUCUUCGUCUCUGUGUGAUGCUGCUGAAAAACUACACCACGACUUGACGACACAGGACUGAAUAAUAUAUAUAUUCUUGCACAAAGACGAUGAGAAAAGGGAGAAGAAAGGAAAGUGGAACUGACACUUUCUUUUAAGGUGUAAGAUUUUAGGAUGACGUUGUAAAUAUUCAUGACCGUGAUGGUGAUGGAUCUCUUGUUGUGUGGCUACCGAGAAGAACCAAGACUUGAUCCAACAACGAUGUUUACUCUAAUAAUUGAUCGACUCGAUGCCAUGUGACUGCAACAAACAUCAUCACCUGAUUUUAUUUGUCUGUCUACGUUUGUUUGUAAACAAACUUUGUAAACGGUUUGAUUUUCCUAACCAGGCACAGCAUGACGGACUGUUAGUAGUUGUUGUUUACAGAUGAUCUAAUAUUUAAAGUUCUCAGUGUCGCCCCCUUGUGGCUGCUCCUUUUAACUUUCCUCAAAUCGUGUCUCAAAGCUGUACUGACUCCACAUCAGCAGGAGGCGUCCACUCAUAACAGGGAAGCAUAAAAAGACAGCUUCAUCAGCCAAUCAGCAGGCCUGGCUGUGCUGAGGCGGGACUUGACGUGGGACUAGUGGAGUUUUAGUGCCGUGACUCGCUGAGGAGCCCAACCUGUGAAAACGCCUUUACUGAGACACAGGUACUACUAAGAUGUUUAUGCAAAAAUGAUCCUCCACAUUGAUGAUUGGAUGUGGGCCAAAGAUGAGGGCUGGAAUUUGAUGAUAAUUCUGAUCUUUUUUUUUCUGAUCAAUGAACUGUUCAUGUGCACAAAGCAGAGCUGUUAAACUCUCAGAUUCAAGAGGUUUAUUUAUCAGCUUAUUUAUGAUUCAAUGUGUCAAAUUUAAGGAGAUUUAUUUUUAAUUAACAUCAGUGACAUUUUGUUUCUUUUCUUUCUUUCUUUUUAUUUUACAGUUUUUAAGUCUGUUUUCCUCAGCAGCCUGCCAGUAUUUAUUGGAAAUGUCUCAACACUAACAUAUUUAACACCUAGUUUCACUGGAACAUUCUGUUUAGUGACAUUUUCAGCCGCUGCAGAAAAAGGCACAGUUAGGGAGAUCAUUUUAUUACACAGGCAUUAGGGUAACGUUACUUUAUUCAUGCCAAGCUGCUCCUCUAAAGCACCAGCAGGUGUCUCUGCGCCAACUUGAAAGUGUACUGACAAAACAAAAAAAAAACCCUGAAGGAGAAAAGAAAAACAAAGCCGCCAAUUUCUUGGAUUCCUUCGCCGACUAAACUUGACACGUGACAAAGGAAAAAGCUCCAGAUCUGGAGGGAGAAAAUCACAGAAAAACACAUUACGGCUAAUGAAAAACAUCUGUAACUUGAAGACAAAUUUGAUCUGUGACUUGUCAUUGACUUCUCUGUGUGUCUUUGUCGUGCACAGCAGCUAUGAGGUGUUUUAAUGUGUUUCCCUCUGGGGUUGGAGGAGGCUCUGUAAUGUGUUUCCUGGUGCUUUUUUUUAUUUUUUACUCCUUGUACAGACAAAAAAAAAAAAAAAAGGUUGUCUUUUACCUUUUCGACGUGUUGCCUUAAUUGCCCAGUGCGGUGCGUUCAGCCUCCCUCUCCUCCACACUGUGACUACUCUGUCUGUGUAUGUUGUUAAAGGUCAUGUUCUCCUGUUCUGCAGCUCACACUCUGUGGUUUUAGAAGGCUUUGGGUUUUAAAUGUCUUUGUUCUGUGGUAAAGAUAAAGAGAAAAUGUGACUGUUUAAUUUUUCCAGCACCUUAUUAAAACAAACAUUUUAAGAAUAA